UCAUAGAAAUCCACGUUAUCUCCAGUGCAUAUCAUCUUUCGAACUUAUCUGAUACAAAAAUAAUAUUAUAGUUAUGCUUACAUAAACACACUUCAGUAUACAUCUGUAAAACAUCUACAAAAUCAUUACUAUUGACAGUAAGGCACGGAUUACCCUUGUUUAUAUUUUAAAAUGGAAUCGAAAGAUUACAAAUCAAUAACACUAGACCAUUUUCGUUGGCUAAACGAGCCAACAAAUUGGAAUUUAUGUGAUAGUGUUCUGAAAGUAACUACGGACGAUAAAACAGAUUUUUGGCAAGGCACUUGGUACAAUUUCCACUUUAAUACCGGCCAUUUAUUUGGGAUUGAUAUUAAAGAUGAUUUCACUUUUGAGGCUUGCAUAGAAGCAGAUUUUGCGUCGCUAUAUGACCAAGCUGGUCUUAUGUUGUAUAUCAAUGAAAAGCAGUGGAUUAAAACAGGAAUAGAAUACACUGAUGGGCAAGCAAUGAUUGGCAGUGUGCUAACUAAUGGUGUAUCUGACUGGGCUACCGGUAUUUUCAAUGGCAAUCCUAAGAAAUUUUGGCUGAAGUUGAGUAGUGUUGGAAAUAUAGUUUGCAUUAAAUAUUCUAUCGAUAAAGUGAAGUGGGCGCUUCUAAGAUUGUGUCCUUUUAUAAAAAAGGAAGAAGAUUUAUGUUUUGUGGGGUUUAUGUGCUGUACUCCACAGCGAUCGGGUCUGAAUGUUAAGUUUAGUGAAUAUAAAAUAACUGUACCAAUUGAUGAUGUUUUACAUGGUGAUAACUAGAAAAUUUUUUUAGAUCAAUAUAA